GCCGAUGGGCUCUGAGCCUAAGAGUCCAAGACUUAGAGACCUACCUGACAGAGAGCUUCGCAGGCGACGGCCAUGGCGGACGACCCCCACUUCGAGGUAGGCGACGAGGUGGAGGUCACCUCCCCAAUCCACAACAUGCGCGGCACCACAUUCCAGGCGAAAAUCGUCGCCAUGUCGAGAACAAAAUCGAAAUUCAAAGUAGAGUACAACAGAGUGAAGGCCCGGAUCGAUCGCAAGAUCAGCGGCGGCCACAAGGGCGGCAAGGCGGCGCUGAGGGAAGAGGUCGACGCGGCUCUCCUCCGGCCUCCUCCGCCGCGAGAAAACGACUACCGGUUCAAAUUGGGCGACGUGGUGGACGCCUUCUUUUGCGGCGGGUGGUGGGAGGGCGUCGUGGUCAGUGAUGUUUUGGUGGACAACACGCUUGGGGUUUACUUCCGGUUCGCCAAGGAGAAGUUUGAGUUCGAGCCCGAGGAGCUGCGGCUUCACCGAGAGUGGGUAGAGGGGUCCUGGGUCCCACCUCUUCAACAAGGAGAUGUCUUAGAUGCCAAAGAACCAAAGACUCAGAUGAAGGAGGAAUUGAUGGAAGGAACAACGGUUGAGGUUUGCACUGAUGAAGAUGGAUUUCAAGGCGCUUGGUUUGCUGCAAAUAUUGUCAAAGUAAUGGAGAAGAAUAAGUUUUUCAUUCGAUACAAGACAAUAAAGACAGAUGACAAGAAGGAGUUGUUGACGGAAGAGGUCGAUGCAGAGCACAUAAGGCCUCGUCCUCCAAAAGUGGUUGCGGCUGAAAGUUUCAGUCUGACGGAAGAGGUUGAUGCUUUCUAUAAUGAUGGCUGGUGGGAAGGUGUGAUUCGCAAGGUCCUUCCCGGGCGAAGGUACAAAGUUUACUUCAAAGGUACAGAUGAUGAACUGAUGUUUCAGCACUCCGAUUUGAGGCCACGCCAAGAUUGGAUGGAUAGAACAUGGGUUAUGGCUUCUCAGGCAUUGAAGCAUUGAGUUCUUAUCGUGAAAGCAUUCCAUCGGGAGGUGGUGGACAUUUUUUGUGGGGUUCUUGGCACGCCUGGUAGUAGACUCCAGAGUCGUCGUUGGAUUUGCUUGCGAUUUCUUGUGUAGUUUUUGAAAGAGAGAGCACUAACUUACCAGCGCGUUUUGCUGCUCAAUCGUACGGAAUUAGUAGGAGUUUUUGCAGAGAUUAUGAUUUGUGAUUCUUGUUUUGGUGGAUAUUAUGAUCUGGAAUUGAACAAUCUGAUUUUGAUGUGAAUGAACAAUUCAAGGGGACUUGGAUCCAAA